UAUUUCCUCCAAAAUAUAAUAUUUUUGCCAGAGUCUGUUAUAUGGUUGAUGAUUUUUUUCGUGUGCAGCGCAAAGGGGAUUGCAAGUCAUUCGGAUUUUAUGCGAUGGUAUCGGCGACACAGUCAUCUUUUUUGCUUGUGUUAAUUUUGGGAACAAAUUCCUCAUGGAGAAUGCAGUCAAUCAACUGAUUAACUUGCCUGUUGCAGCUUUCAACGCGGAGAGAGGAUCGCACUGAAGCUGAAGGUUUCUUCACUGUACAACUCGUCUGCCUGCUGUGAUAUCCAAGUCGAGGGUGGAGAGAAAUCCGCCUUCUCUUCACAUCUGCCUUUUUCCCAGUAUCAGACUUUUUGUUUGAAAACUGCCGAUCUAUGUCAGCCUCCUGAAAACACCCCAGGUAUCGUGCAUGAAAGCGCCGCAAUCAAAGAAGAGCGGACCAGCUCGGAAUCUCUGGGGCUAAAAAGAACUCUUCUGAAAUCCUAAAACAAGCAUGCCGCGGAGGAAACAGCAAGCGCCCAGGCGCGCAGCAGCCUACGUUCCUGAUGAGCUGCGGGAGGCUGCCCUGUUGGACGAGGAUGUGGAAGCAGAGGACUCGGCAGUGGAGGAGGAACCCCCGGUCAAGUACAUGUGCUCCGAGAAGGACUUCCUGAUCAAAGAUGGCCAGGGCUACCAGGGCUCCCCCACGGCCGAGUUCUCCAGCCACGAAAUGGACAGCGAGUCGCACCUGAGCGAGUCCAGCGACCGCAUGUCCGACUUCGAGAGCGCCUCCAUCAAAAACGAGGAGGAGAUGGCCAAAGAGCCCCUGACCACGGCCGCCGCCUGCGAGGACGCCCCCGUGGGGCCCGACAGCUUGGAGCAGAUGAAGGCCAUCUACACCAGCUUCCUGACCAACUCGUACUGGUCGUCCCUCAGCCUGAACCUCACGCAGCCGGCCGCCGAGAAGCCGCAGCGCAGCAGCAGCAGCAGCAGCAGCAGUAGCAGCAGCAGCUGCGGCAGCGGCAGCUACGACUGGCACCAGUCCGCCGUGGCCAAGACCCUGCAGCAGGUCUCCCAGAGCCGGCUCCACCCCGAGCCCAGCCUCUUCAGCACCGUCCAGCUGUACCGCCAGAGCACCAAACUGUACGGCUCCAUCUUCAGCGGGGCCAGCAAGUUCCGCUGUAAGGACUGCAGCGCCGCCUAUGACACCCUAGUGGAGCUGACGGUGCACAUGAACGAGACCGGGCACUACCGCGACGAUAACCACGAGACAGACAGCAACGGCACCAAGCGCUGGUCGAAACCGCGCAAGCGCUCCCUCUUGGAGAUGGAGGGCAAGGAGGACGCUCAGAAAGUGCUCAAGUGCAUGUACUGCGGCCACUCCUUUGAGUCUUUACAGGACCUCAGCGUACACAUGAUCAAGACCAAACACUACCAGAAAGUGCCUCUGAAGGAGCCUGUGACACCUGUGGCCGCCAAAAUAAUUUCGUCCGCGCGAAAGAGGGCCCCCAUUGAGCUAGACCUUCCGAGCUCCCCAGACUCUUCAGCGGGGACCCCCAAACCCUCACUGACAGACCCCAAUGACAUCCUCCAGAAGGUCUCUAAUCCCUACAUCACUCCCAACAACCGCUACGGGCACCAGAACGGUGCCAGCUAUGCCUGGCAGUUUGAGUCGCGGAAGUCCCAGAUCCUCAAAUGCAUGGAGUGCGGGAGCUCCCAUGACACUUUGCAGGAGCUGACCGCUCACAUGAUGGUGACGGGCCACUUCAUAAAGGUCACUAAUUCAGCCAUCAAGAAGGGGAAGCCUAUCAUAGAGUCCCCGCCUAUGCCCAUGCCGACCACUCCGGCUGAGGAGAAAGUGCAGUCUGUGCCGCUCGCCGCCACCGCGUUCUCUCCUCCACCUGUCGCGCCCCCACCCGCCAGCAUCUCCCCCAAGCUGUGUGCGGAGAUCAAGAUUGAGGAAAAAGAGGAGGAGUGCACAAAGGACAUUAGCUGCAAAGACAAGAAAGCAUCUGAUGAAGAAGAGGAGAAAUUUGACAUCUCCUCAAAAUAUCACUACUUGACCGAGGAGGACCUUGAGGAGAGCCCCAAAGGGGGGUUUGAUAUCCUGAAGUCCCUGGAGAACACUGUAACUUCAGCCAUCAACAAAGCACAGAAUGGCGCCCCCAGCUGGGGGGGUUACCCCAGCAUCCACGCAGCAUACCAGCUCCCCAACAUAAUGAAGCUCUCCCUGGGCUCAGGGAAGAAUUCCCCACUGAAGUACAUGUUUACAGGAGGAGAGGUCCUGUCCCCGACCAAAAGCCAGCCGCUGAUCUCCCCUCCCAGCAGCCAGACCUCGCCUCUGCCCAAAAACAACUUCCAUGCCAUGGAAGAGCUUGUGAAGAAGGUUACGGAGAAAGUGGCUAAGGUGGAGGAGAAAAUGAAGGAGCCUGAGGUGAAGGCCUCCCCACUGAGGCAUGCAACGCCCUCCCCGUGCAGCAGCGAAGCUGGGGAGUCCAUGAGAGGAGAGUCCCCCAAAGAGAGACACGCCAAAACCCCUGAGAGCAACGGAGGCAGCCACAAAGACUCUAACGGCGACGGCCAUGCUAAGGAGGCGCUGGAGAACGGGACAGACUCUGCGAAACUCUCUGCCUCCGCUAUGUGUGGCAGCACUGCCAUUAUCACCGACCACCCGCCCGAGCAGCCCUUCGUCAACCCGUUAAGUGCACUUCAGUCCGUCAUGAAUGUGCACCUGGGCAAGGCUGCCAAACCGGCGUUGCCAGCCCUGGACCCCAUGAGCAUGCUGUUCAAAAUGAGCAACAGCCUGGCUGAGAAGGCUGCAGUCGCUGCCCCACCCGUGCAGACCAAAAAAACUGAGCAUUUGGACCGCUAUUUCUAUCACGUCAACAAUGACCAGCCGAUAGAUUUGACGAAAGGCAAGAGUGACAAAAGCUGCUCUUUGGGUUCAGCUCUCCUGUCAUCCACGUCGACGUCGUCGUCUGCCUCUCCCUCAUCUGCCGUGACAACGGCAAAGACAUCCGCCGUCGUGUCGUUCAUGUCAAAUUCUCCACUGCGCGAGAACGCGCUGUCAGACAUUUCCGACAUGCUGAGGAACCUGACAGAGAGUCACACGUCAAAGUCGUCCACACCUACCAGCCUGUCGGAGAGGUCCGACGUGGAGGGGGCGACCUUGGACGAGCCGGAGGAGAUCUCCCCGGCUCAAAAGCGCAAAGGCCGCCAGUCCAACUGGAACCCCCAGCACCUGCUGAUCCUGCAGGCGCAGUUUGCUGCCAGCCUGCGGCAGACGUCCGAGGGGAAGUACAUCAUGUCAGACCUCAGCCCCCAAGAAAGGAUGCACAUCUCCCGGUUCACCGGUCUGUCCAUGACCACCAUCAGCCACUGGCUGGCCAAUGUCAAGUAUCAGCUGAGGAGGACAGGUGGGACCAAGUUCCUGAAAAAUCUUGACUCUGGUCACCCCGUGUUCUUCUGCAAUGACUGUGCCUCGCAGAUCCGGACCCCCUCCACGUACAUCAACCACCUGGAAUCCCACCUGGGCUUCAGGUUGAGGGACCUGGCUAAGCUCUCCGGCGACCAGCUCAGCAGCCAGAUUGCGCGGCAUGCCAAGGGUCUGUCUGAGAAACUGCUCUCCGCCCCCUCCCCGUCACCUUCCCCGGAGGAGGAGAUCAGCGGCGCCUCCUACCAGUGCAAGCUGUGCAACCGAACUUUUGCGAGCAAGCACGCCAUCAAGCUUCACCUCAGCAAGACCCACGGGAAGUCUCCUGAGGAUCACCUUCUUUUUGUUUGUGAAAUGGAGAAGCAGUAGCAUCUGGGACACACACUGUCUCUCUCACUCUCUCUCUCUCUCUCUCUGUCUGUCUCUCUCUUGCUCUCUCUGUCUCUCUUCUUUUGAGUGAUGUUUUUAAAAAAUACAAAAAGGAAGAAACGAACAAAAAAAAAAAAUCAAAGAAAAAAACUGCACAAAGAUGCCAUAAAACUACUGUUUAGUUUCGGCACAUGUUGUUGGUUUAUCUCCAGAGGAGACUUGCUCUGGCCCAAAACCUUUCCCCCUCCCCCACCCCACAUUUUUUUUAAAGAUAUUUUCUUUCUAAUUGUACAGUCUUUAAUAUAGAGGCGCUGCAUAAUCAGCUGUUGUUACUGGUGAAAAAAUAUGAAGGUAAAAAAAUGAACAUUUAAAAUGAAGUGGUAUGUGUUUGGAAUUUGUGUAAAUUGGAUUUAGUUUCUUUGCAUCCCUGAGAUGCAUUAAGCUGCAUGCGUUAAUGGACAAUUUAGUUAAGCAUUUAAUAACUAAAUCUGGUGCACUUUUCUUUUUUCCUUUUGUUAAUGUGACCUAAGUGUGCUGGUAUCAGCAUCUAACAUUUAACCCUCUGAGUACGUCAAAGCACUUCCACAUUAAGCUCCCAAAUCCAAUAUUAAGGGGAAAUGUAGAUGGGAAUUGGCAAAAUGUUCAAAUAUAAAAAUGAUACUCAAAAGACAACGUAAAUGUUCAAUCCAGUGUCCAAUUCUUGUACAGGUGUAUAUGUUGCAUAACAUGUUUGAAUCCAAAACUGCAGUCUUGAUUUUAAUUAAUUCAGGGGCCUUUAUAAAUUCAGGUCUGUGUAAAAAAUGUAUAUAUAAAAAUAUAUACCAGUUCCUGUCUAAAUUAUGCAUCAUUUUUAUAUUUUUAAUUUAAGAGGAGUAUGACUAUACUGGUGCACAAUAUAUGAAGACAUUACUUAAAUUGUUUUGCACAAUAGUUUUAUAAAUAUGUUAUUUAAUCAAAUGAUAUAAAUAGAAAUUUUCACAUAAAACUUAUUUCCACCUCGUGCUCAAAGGGUUAAACCUCUAGUACAAAGCUGUACUGUAUUUCUUGAACAUUUAAAGAAAAUUUGUACAAAAGAUGUUACUUUAUAAGGUUAUGAGGCAUUCCAUGAUGUACCCUCUUAUUUAUAAGCACUCUUGGUUGUCAUUUCACAUUGUAGAAUGCCUUUUAGAUUGGUAACUUUUUUUUGUUCUGUCUAAUUGCUCUCCCGUAAUUCUAUACUGCAGCUAUCUUUUAUGGACAUGAAUUGUAACCAUGGUUACCAGCACACUGAUUGACAGUUCUCCUACAUUUUUGGCAGUUAAUUUGCAGAAGUAACUGACAGCUGACAGCGUAUGAAAAUCUAUGUGUAAAAUAUUGGCAUGUAAACAGCACAGACACUGUUAUGCACUCUGUGCCCUGUUUUUUGUUGUUGACAAUGAAGCACCCAUUAUAUGACUUCAUAUAACCUUUUUUCUACAGCAGCAUUAAAAGAUGUUUUUUUGCAAUAA